AUGUUGAAGCAACAACAAGAGAGCGAAAAUGUUUCUAAAGGUGAAAUCGCUACGGUGUUUAGAAGAGAAGCUCGAAGCAUAACGUACAAGAACCAACUUCCUCAUUAUCUUCAUAAACACCUAAAAUUGCAGCAGCUGCAUUGGAUACACGGUAAAGAAAAAGAGUCGUUCAAACAUAACUUGAAUAAUCAGCGCCAUAAAAGACAUAACAAAAAUCGAAAAAAAUUCAUUUUAUAUUCCAAUAGAAAUUCUUACCAUACUCAAGGUCAACGACGUUAUGUAAAGAACUCUCGAAGAAAUGUCUUUUCUAAAAGCACUACAAAUAAUAAAAAUAGUGAGUCCGAAAACAUUGAUAAAAGAAGACUGCGAAAUAAAUUUCAGCACCAAGCAUUGGUAAAAAGAAAACGGAAAGAACUCAGAGAAAAUAAUAUUUUUCACAACAAGGCAAACCACUCCAAAUUGUUUGGUUCAUACAUGGAGUAUAAAUAUAGAAAUAAAGAUCAUCAAAAGUUGUCAAAUGUACAAGCAUCAUUUAUUCCUCACACAAUACAAAGAUUCCUGCAUCAUUCAAAACAUAGAAGAAGGCAAAAUGAUAGUAAGGUUCAAAAUAUAUUGCCUAUAUAGACAGUAUCGAUUGUUCUAUUCAAGAAGUACUUCUGGCAACUUUACUAAUACAUCAUUGUUGUAUACAGCUAAUUCAAUUUAAAAGAUUGUCCUUCCAAAAACUGGAAUCAUAAACUCUGAGCGCGCAAAGGAUGAUGGGUUAUUGCUUAUUGAACUCAUAAACUUUGAAAUUUGACUUUGCAAGAAUACCUAAGACAUAUAGAAAACUCACGGCAGAAAACAUACUUGCUGCAUAGGCAAUUUUUCGAGUUUAAGGGCCUAAGAGGUGAAAACCCAUCAUCCCUUUCGCGCUCAGAGUUUAAGGUUUAAGGUUUUGGAAAGACAACCUUAAUUGAAUCAGCUGUAUACAAUGGGGGAAUGAGCAUUGUGUUAGUUAUAUUCAAAUUUCGUAUUCAACUAAUAAAGCAUUCACAAAAUUAAUGCAGGUUUUUAUGAUUUAUCGUUACCCUGGAGUUGAGAAGAAAUAUAGCUGACUCACGGUUGCCGGCACUCAAAAUAUGUAUUUGAAAAGUCAUUUUAAAGACUUUAGAUGACUAAGCUUUAUACAGGCAAAGUUUGUUAACUAAAUUUUGCGUUGUUUUUGGCUCACAGUAUUUUACUAUUUUCUUCCUGAAACCAUCGCAACAACUCCUUCACCAAUGAUCACGUUGGUAAAACCAUAUUCAUCCUGACAUACGACUGGAACAAAAUUAGUUUAUUUCCAGGACUGGAUUAAAUUUAAUUCAUUUUUACUGUAAAUAGUGAUUUACGAGUAUGAGAUGCCACUUUUUCAUUUCAACCUGGUUGCGAGAUUGCAAGUCUUCACAGUCAGUCUCCAUGCAGUACUCGGAAUUUCAAUGCAGUCCUUAUAUUCGGAUUUCAAGUACUUUAUCAAAUAUUGUAUAUAGCAUCACUUCCGGUGAAAUGGUGGACUGUGAUUGGUUGAGAAGCACUUUCAGCGGCCCAUUAUUUUCGCGCGCGUAACAUUACCGCCAGUCCAUUACGUAAAAACAAACGCAUGCAUUCUAAAACAAAACAGAAAAGCUAAUUGAAAAUUUGAAAAUUAUAAUUUAAUUUGUUAUUAAUAAGAUGUCUGCGAAUGGUUUUUAGUGGAAAAGAAGGAAUGCAUUGGUAUUUUUUGUUUUCUUCGACUAAAUGACUGUGUACCACGCUACAAGUAUGCAUUUCAAAUCAUGCAUUUCUUGUUUGUUUCAAGUAUAAUGCCUGUAAAUGCCAUAUAAUAAACUUUUUAUUAACCUCGCUUUCUCGGUAUGUAGCCUACAUGCAGAAAAAUAUCGGACCUCGGUCUUUUUGUACAAACCUCGAUCGCCCUAUGUGCUCGUCUGUACAAAAAAGACCUCGGUCCAAUAUUUCUCUGCACAAACCUCACGUUAAUAAGAAUUAAGUUAGUAAUUCACAUGUGACAACAUAAGAAGCCACGAUUGCAACUUUAAAUCACCCCUGAUGAAGACACUAGACUGGAGUGUCGAAACGCUGGGUCUUGAUUACAAUUCAACUGGGCUUUGUAACAAUUUAUUUAAACCAGAGUAGCGAGCGAAACAUGAAUAUCAAUAUGUUUUAUUCAAACCAUUAAUAAUUCAUGAGGCAAACGCAAAGAAAAAUCAUAAGCGUGUCGUAUCUUUAUAUGUGAUAGAGAUUUCCCUUGAUUUGUAAAUCAAACGCAUGCAUUCUAAAACAAAAUUUGAUGGUUUUUUUCAAAGUAUACGUUGUGUAAGUCGUAUGUUUUGAAAAUUACUUUGCCAAUGAACUUACUAGAUCGAUCGUUUUUGAAGCAAUUUAAAACAUUUACAGUGCGUGUUUUAUCAGACCUAAAGAUACUCGGGUUCGCCUCGUAUCUUCAUAUCUGAUAAAACACUGCUGCUCAUGUUUUAAAUAGUACAUGAAAGAUGCUUCUCAAACUCAUUAAUAAUUCCCAUGAAUUCUAACUCGAUUAUUGCCUUGAAUUUCACUUUAAAUAUAAGUUUUUUCGAGAAGUAAUCUAACAAACUCGAAAGCUGCCUAUUACUGGCGUAUAAAAGACUUCAAAUUAUGUGACUAACUCUGCUAGCGCCUUGAUUUUCAAUACUCUUGGGAUUUUAUACGCCGGUAAUAAACAUUUUCUCAUAAUUUAACUUUGUACUUAAUAAAUUGUACAUUUCAUUUUGUUGUAGAGCACGAUCGUAGAUUUCACAUCAUAAAGCAUAAAAACAUUGGAUCUCACAAAAGGAACCAUAAAGUUAAAAAUAACAUAUUGGAGAAAAAGGAACGUCAUCAACAAAACAAUAAUCACCGGCAUUUGAAAGUUGGACGAUGUAACCAUAAACACUCCUUGGAAAAAGCUUACAGAAGCAUUUUUAGCAAGAACACACCACAGCAUUAUUCCAGAUUUGCCAACCAUAAAAGAAGGUAUAAAUUUCAUGAGCAACAACCAGAUAGACAAAUAGCAGAGAAAAGACGGCGAACUAACAAGAAAACAAGAAAAAUAAAACACUUAGACACCCCAUGUCAUCAUAAUUGCUUGGGCUUACAUUUAAGAAUGAAAACAGGCCCACCGAAACAAAAGCGGAGAACCAAAUAUACCGGAACAUCAAAUGAAAGAAUUGAAAAAAUAAAAUCUCAUCCGAAGAACUUUUUUAGUGACCAAGAUGAUCGCACCGAUUCCUUUUAUUGGCACACAAAACGUAAAGGAAGAUCCAGACACAAAUUACUGGAAUAUGUUUCUCUCGCAAACAAAAAGAGAAUAAACAGGAUAAAAAGUAAGAAUUUAAGGAAAAGAAAGAAAUGCCAUUCCUCAACCUACCUAUGUAACAAUUUUCUCAUUAAACAUGUAGGUAUUGAUAGAAAGAAUGAAUUUCCAAACGUCAGUGGUGAACACCGUCAUAAAUAUGGUAAAGGAAAGGAUAUUAAUGAAGAUUACCGAAUGGGUAUGAGUUUUACAGUGCGUCAAACGAGAAAAUACAGGCCACUUAAGUAUUUGGUACACAAAAUUCGAGAUGAGCACCAAAACGAAUAUAAAAAGCAUAGUGAGAAUGGAAGUGGAGCAAAUACAAAUUCGUUCAAAAACGACAGCACACGCGGAGUCCUUUGUGAAGAUAGCAAGACAAAGAUCAGAGAAAUGAUCAUUAAAAUGAAUAAAGCUGUAAAAAGGUCUAUGAUUCUUGCCAAAAUUAUCGGGCAAAAAUUCGGUAUUGACCACAAAACAAUUGAAUCAAUUUUGAUGAAAGAAGAAGAGAAAAUAUCAAGUAACAUUUUACACCUCUCAAAAUGA